AUUCGUUGCAGAGUCUAGGGACUGUUUAGCUCAUCAAUAUUUAAGAAAAGAUCGACAAUUCUGGUUGUCUUUUUAUAUUUUACUAUCAUUUUUUAUUAUUGCACCAAAGUCUUAUUAAUUAAUAAUGGUUCUUCCACUGAUAAUCAAUGUUUUUUUAGUUCAACUAUUCCGAGCAUCAUUCUAGAGAAAAUGACUAUUGUAUAAUUGCUAUACAAUUUUUUGUUUUAUUGUUCAGAUUGUGUGUGGUGGUGAAUUACUUAAUUUACGAAAGCUAUGCGAAUCAUCAUUUGAUACCAGACAGGAAGGUGAAAACGAACUAGAAUAUCUGUUAUUACGUGCUGCAUUAUUUGAUUUACAACCAAUGAAUUUAUUUCAUUUUCAUAUUUGUUCUGAUCAUCAUCAAUGGCUGAGAGAACAACCGAAGAACAAUCAUUGUGAUGUUUGUAAAACAACAAUCGUUCGAAAGACAACAGCUUCAACCUACGGAUUGCGCCGAAUAUCUAAAACGUUAGCACUGAGUAUUUGGAAGCAUCAUAAAUUACCAUUAUAUGAUGCACCAAUAUGUGAUGGUUGUCGUAAAACCCUAGAAAGAGAUUUAACAUCUGAAAUACGUGAAGAAAGUGGAAAACUAUUAAAUUAG